UAUUUUUUGAGAUUAGCGAUCAAACAAGUCAGAAGAAAGUACAUAGAAUGGUUUUAGUCGGAUUAUUGGUAUUUGUGCUCGCUGUGGGUGCACUGUACUUUUAUUUCACCAGAACUUUUAAUUACUGGAAGGCUAGAAAUGUGUUAGGGCCGAAACCAGUGCCAUUGUUCGGAAACAUAUUUGAAUCGGCCUUGCGCUACGUGCAUGUUGGAGUCAUCACGAAACGAGUAUACAACAGCUACCCUAAUGAAAAAGUCGUAGGCAUGUUUAGGAUGACUAGCCCCUGCUUAUUGAUACGUGAUCUCGAUAUUGUGAAACAUAUUUUGAUCAAAGACUUUGACUUUUUCGUUGAACGUGGUAUCGAGUUUAGCGACGAAGGAUUGGGAACAAAUCUGUUCCACGCUAACGGGCAAACUUGGAGGAAGCUAAGAAGCCGCUUUACGCCCAUGUUUACUAAACAAAAACUAAAGAAUAUGAUGCACUUGAUCAACAAUCGUGCAGAUAAGUUCGUUAAUCACAUCAGUGAUAUACCAGUUGAGAACCCAGAAGAUAUUUAUUCAUUAGUCAAAAAGUACACAAUGUCCACGAUGACGUCAUGUUUUUUUGGUCUUGAUGUUGACACUUUCCGCGGAGAUAUACAAAUUUUGAUGAAACUCGAUAAAAACAUAUUUACCCCUACUCUUGCCAUAGAGUUUGAUAUGAUGUACCCUGGACUACUGAAAAAAAUUAAUAUGUCACUAUUAACAAAAGAUAUCGCGAAAUUCUUUAAAGAUCUCGUCGAAACUAUGAUCAUUCAAAGAAAUGGAGUACCGUCAACUAGAAAAGAUUUUAUUGAUUUCAUUUUAGAAAGUAAAACAAAAAAAAACUUGACAUGGAAACUGAAGAAUUAUCUAAUAGUGACAUAG